AAUUUAGCUGCAAAUAAUUAAAAGUGGAGCCGGUGGGUAUCUUCUGUUUUGAACCAAGUCCAGACCAAAUAAAAAUGGAUCAAGCUGUCCUUCCAACUCGAGGUGGAGCCAGUGAUGAUCGACCUAAUUUCACCAAACCUGGUGAUAUUUUACCCUCCCAAGCAGAAGGACCUAGAUCUACAUGUUCCAUAUUUGAAGACCCACUUGCGGCCUCGGCUAGUAGUAGUACCAGCUUUGAAGACCCUGCAGAUGAUCUUAUGAAGGCUUAUGUGGGACAGAGAGAAAGAAGUCCACAUCUUGAUGAGAUAGUCCAGAAAGAUGGACCCAGACCUGGUCCUGGAGUUGAUGCAUCAGAGUGCUCAGAAAGCAAGAUGGCUUCAAGUCUUGAACCAAUUGAUGCUGUGAUGACGGAAAUCGACAGAGCAGUUAAGAUGGAAUGCAUGCAGUGGACUCAAGUCUUCAUGGAAAGUGAUCAGUUUGAGGUGUUGAGCUCCGAUCACGUUGACAAGCUGCUGGAAGAUGCCAGAGCACUGGAGGAGAACUUGCUUGAGAAGAAAGAAAGAUUGUUAUCCCAUCUCAAGCUCCUUUCCCAGACACUCAAACUACCCUAGUCACGUGAGAUGGGAGAAAUAUCUUCAUAUGUGGUUCCCAAAUGGUGAUCGAGCAUGCUCAAUUGCAAAAUAAUGGAUUUUUAAAAUUUGUUUAAAGAUUUUUCUCUUCUAAUUUUUUGGUGGCUACAUGGUACAUGUAUAAAUUGUAUUAAAAUUUAUUUACACUGUUUGCAACUUCCAGUCUGAGAUGUAGGCCUAUAUGCACUGAAUCCUAUUUGUCCACUUUUGUUACUUGUACAUGUAAACUCGAUCUGUAUUGAUCCAAUUCUGAUCAUUAUUUCAUUAUCUAUACGCAGCUGGUUAAGUAAUACUCAUUGGCAUAUUACGUCUGUUUAGAGCC